GGGCGGGUCUUAAACAUUAUCCAAUCAGGCACGCAGCUGGAGCGGACAGGACGGUUUCCGGAAUAUGGCGGGGCUUUUGGCUCUCGCUGCAGCCAGAGCUCCAGGUCUUGUCUUCAUUUCUGUGUCCUCUGUUCUUAGAGGCCCAGCCUGUGUGGCCCUGUGACCCGCAGAUAUUGGGAGAUACACGGCUAAGACUCCAGGACCCCCUGGAAGCCUAGAAAUGGGACCAUUGACAUUUACAGAUGUGGCCAUAGAAUUCUCUCUGGAGGAGUGGCAGUGCCUGGACACAGCACAACAGAACUUAUAUAGAAAUGUGAUGUUAGAGAACUACAGAAACUUGGUCUUCCUGGGUAUUGCUGUUUCUAAGCCAGACCUAAUCACUUGUCUAGAGAAAGAAAAAGAACCCUGCAAUAUGAAGCGACAUGAAAUGGUGGAUGAACCGCCAGUUGUGUGUUCUCAUUUUGCUGAAGACUUUUGGCCAGAGCAAGACAUAAAAGAUUCUUUCCAAAAAGUGACACUGAGGAGAUAUGAUAAACGUGGACAUGAGAACUUACAAUUAAGAAAAGGCUAUAAAACUGUAGGUGAUUGUAAGCUAUACAAAGGAGGUUAUAAUGGACUUAACCAAUGUUUGACACUUACCCAGAGCAAAAUGUAUCACUGUGAUAUAUAUGUAAAAGUCUUUUAUGCAUUUUCAAAUGCAGAUAGAUAUAAGACAAGACAUACUGGAAAGGAACCUUUCCAGUGUAAAAAAUGUGGCAAAUCAUUUUGCAUGCUUUCACAACUAACUCAACAUAAGAAAAUUCAUAUUAGAGAGAAUACCUACAGAUGUAAAGAAUUUGGCAAUGCCUUUAAUCAGUACUCAGCCCUUACUAACCAUAAGAGAAUUUAUGUUGGUGAGAAACACUACAGAUGUGAAGAAUGUGGCAAAGCAUUUAACCACUACUCAACCCUUACUAACCAUAAGAGAAUUCAUACUGGAGAGAAACCCUACAAAUGUAAAGAAUGUGGCAAAGCCUUUAGCAGGUACUCAACCCUUACUACCCAUAAGAGAAUUCAUUCCGGAGAGAAGCCCUACAAAUGUGAUGAAUGUGGCAAAACCUUUAGCAUAUCCUCAACCUUUACUAAACAUAAGAUAAUUCAUACUGAGGAGAAACCCUACAAAUGUAAAGAAUGUGGCAAAGCCUUUAACCGGUCCUCAACCCUUACUAGCCAUAAGAGGAUACAUACUGGUGAGAAACCCUACAAAUGUGAAGAAUGUGGCAAAGCCUUUAACUGGUCUUCAACUCUUACUAAACAUAAGGUAAUUCAUACUGGAGAGAAGCCCUACAAAUGUGAAGAAUGUGGCAAAGCUUUUAACCAGUCUUCAAGACUUACUCGACAUAAAAAAAUUCAUACUGGAGAGAAACCCUACAAAUUUGAAAAAUGUGGCAGAGUUUUUACCUGUUCCUCAACACUUACUCAAGACAAGAAAAUUCAUACUGGAGAGAAACCCUACAAUUGUGAAGAAUGUGGCAAAGUUUUUACCUAUUCCUCUACACUUACUAGACAUAAGAGAAUUCAUACUGAAGAGAAACCCUAUAAAUGUAACGAAUGUGGCAAAGCUUUUAACCGGUCCUCACACCUUACUAGCCAUAGGAGAAUUCAUACUGGAGAGAAACCCUACAAAUGUGAAGAAUGUGGCAAAGCCUUUAAGCAGUCCUCAAACCUUAACAGUCAUAAAAAAAUUCACACUGGAGAGAAACCCUACAAAUGUGAAGAAUGUGGCAAAGCUUUUAUCCUGUCCUCAAGACUUACUCAACAUAAGAAAAUUCAUACUGGAGAGAAACCUUACAAAUGUGAAGAAUGUGGCAAAGCUUUUAACCGGUCCUCAAGACUUACUCAACAUAAGAAAAUUCAUACUGGAGAGAAACCCUACAAAUGUAAACAAUGUGACAAAGCUUUUACCCACUCCUCAAACCUUAGUAGUCAUAAGAAAAUUCAUACUGGAGAGAAACCCUACAAAUGUGAAGAAUGUGGCAAAGCUUUUAAUCGGUCCUCAAGACUUACUCAACAUAAGAAAAUUCAUACUAGAGAGAAACCUUACAAAUGUGAAGAAUGUGCCAAAGCUUUUACCCGGUCUUCAAGACUUACUCAACAUAAGAAAAUUCAUAGGCUGGGUGUGGUGGCUCAUGCCUGUAAUCCCAGCACUUUGGGAGGCCGAGGUGGGCGGAUCACGAGGUCAGGAGAUCGAGACCGUCCUGGCUAACACGGUGAAACCCCGUCUCUACUAAAAAUACAAAAAAAAAAUUAGCCAGGCGUGGUGGUGGGCACUUGAAGUCCCACCUACUCGGUAGGCUGAGGCAGGAGAAUGGCCUGAACCCGGAGGUGGAGCUUGCAUUGAGCCAAGAUCACACCACUGCACUCCAGCCUGGGUGACAGAGCCAGACUCCAUCUCAAAAAAAAAAAAAAAAAAAGAAAAGAAAAUUCAUAGGCCAGGUAUGGCGGGUCAUGCCUGUAAUCCCAGCACUUUGGGAGGCUGAGGCGGGUGGAUCAUGAGGUCAGGAGUUCAAGACCAGCCUGGUCAACAUGGUAAAUCCCCAUCUCUACUAAAAAUAUAAAAAUUAGCUGGAUGUGGUGGCACAUGCCUGUAGUCCCAGCUACUUGGGAGGCUGAGGCAGGAGAAUUGCUUGAACCUGGGAGCCAGAGGUAGCAGUGAGCUGAGAUCACGCCACUGCACUCCAGCCUGGAUGACAAAACAAGACUCUGUCUAAAAAAUAUAUAAAUAAAUAAAUAAAAAGAAAAUUCAUAGUAGAGAGAAACCUUACAAAUGUGUAGAAUGUGGCAAAACUCAUUUUAACCAAUGCUCACAUCUUAUUGCAUAGAAAAGCAUUUAUACCUGAAAAAAGGUAUACAAAUUUAAAAAAUGUGGAAAAGCCAUUAAAAUCUGUUCACAUCUUAACAACAGAGAGUUGAUACUUAAUAAGAGCAUUGUAAGUGCAAUUACUGUCAAACAAUCUUGUAGAAAAUAUCAUCCUUUAAAGUGAAUGAGACUAGUCUGAGGAAAAACAUUACAAAUGUAAAGAGGGUUAUAGUGCAUUUACUUGUAUCACAGAUCUUGUUGUACACAUUUUAUACUAGAGGAAAACCCUGAAGCAGUUGCACCAACUUUGUUCAACAUCAGAAAUUUAUAUUGGAGAAAAAUCCAGCAAGUGUGAUAAAUUUGGAAAAACUUUUCUUUCCCCAAAAACUAUACCUCAGAAAACACUGGAGAGUUUAUAUUAACAUAUAUUUUUGCAUAUGGCCAUAUGUAUAAAAAUAUUUAAUUCAAAAUUGAAUUUAAAAAGUCCACAUAAAUAUCAUACAUAGGUAUGUAUGAUAUUGAAUACAUGUAUUAAAUACAUAGAAAAGUCUACAUGAAUAUCAGAAUUUACAGUAGAAAUAACUAAGACACAAACACUUGAGACAUUACACUAAAGUGCUGAGUAUAGAAAAUAAUCUAAAACUAAAGUUGUUAAAUUAUUUGUAUAUAACUUUUAGAAGAGUGGAAGAUAUUUUGCAAAGUUAUAUUCAAAGUGUACUUUUUAUUUAUUUAUUUUUUUCAGAUGGAGUCUCACUUUGUUGCCUAUGUUGGAGUUCAGUGGCACGAUUUCAGCUUGCUGCCAACUUCGACCUUUGGGUUCAAGCAGUUCUCCUGCCACAGCCUUCUGAGUAGCUGGGAAUACAGGCAUACACCAGCAUGUCUGGCUAAUUUUUUUUUUUUUUUGUAUUUUUAGUAGAGAUGAGAUUUCACCAUUUUGUCCAGGGUGGUCUCAAACUCUUCAUCUCAAGUGAUCUGCCCACUUUGGUCUCCCAGAGUGCUGGGAUUGCAGCCAUGAGCCGCUGCACCCAGCCCAAAGUAUGCUUUUAAAAAUAUGUAUAUAUAUAAAAUUUUUGAAAAGCAAAUUAUGAUAUAAUUCAAGUAUCAGAUUACUUCAUGCUGUUUCAUUGUUCCUAUUCACAUGUGAAAGCAUGUGAUCAAUUAUUGCUGCAUCACAUAUAGACUCAUUAGGUGGAAAUUAUGGCCUCUUCUGUAAAAAAGUAAGGACAUUAAAAUGUAAGAUGCUUGAUGAAAAUCUAAGUGGAGAGGCUCUUUGUGGUUAACUUAUUGAGUGAUGUAUGAGGUCGAUGUUCAGACUAAUAUGCCUCUGUAUUAUAGUGAUAGAAAAUAUUUUUUAGUUAAAAGCGAAUUUAUAAUAAAAUUGUAAAUCAUUUUAGUGAUUGAGCUUUUAUGUUAUAAAAUGCAAUAUAUUUCAAAAUUUUUAAAUUAUGUGUAAAUUUGAUUUUACUUUUUACCAUGUUAAGACUAUUGUGCAUUUAAUGAAGCAUUAUUAUGCCAUCAACUUUAACCUAUCCCACAUUACUCAAGGGUGUAGCUAAAUGACGGUAGCAGUAUGCUAUUUAGUAACAUAGUGGAAUAGCAUCUCUAGUAAUCUCUUUUGCCAGUAGCUUUAACUGGCAGAUAAGUUAAUAUUAUUCUCAUAGGUUAAAUAUUUAUCCUUUUUUUGAUGUUUAAAUUUUUUUCUUAUUUUUUUGUGGGUACAUAAUAUGUGUAUAUAUUUAUGCAAAUCUGGCAUAUUUUGAUACAGGCAUACAAUAUGUAAUAAUUACAUCAAUUACAUCAGGGUAAAUUAUGUAGCCAUUACUUGUAACAUUUAUCUUUUACAAACAACUCAAUUAUGCACUUUUAGUUAUUUUAAAAUAUACAAUUAAAUUGCUAUUGACUGCAUGGUUAUUUUUGUGGUAUAAAAAUUUAUAUAUAAGUAUAAAUAAAAUAAACUCAUUUCUGAGUCUUAAA